UUAGCAGCAUAGGUGUAUAGUGCGGAAACCGGACGUGUAGCUUGUUCCCCUCAUCGUUUAGCUAGUUUAAGUGAUCUCUUGCAGCUUCUUUUCGCUAAAAUGUCAGAAGGAUCGCGAGCGCAGGACGCCGUGGAGCAGGUGACGCAGAACGUGAAGGACGUCAAGCUAGAGAACGGGAGCUCGCCGGGAGCGUCCAAUGGAACGCCUUCAAAAAACGAGGACAAUGCCAUACCAUUUAAGGACGCAUUCAAGUUGUUUUCGAAAUUUGGCGAUCCUAAAUCAGACGGGAAACUUAUCACAUUGUCCCAAAGCGACAAAUGGAUGAAGCAAGCCAAAGUGAUCGAUGGGAAGAAGAUUACCACUACGGACACAGCUAUUCACUUCAAAAAGCUUAAAUCUUUGAAAGUUGGUAUCGACGAUUACCUGAAAUUUUUAGAAGACUUGGCAAAGAGUAAGAAAGUUGAACUGGAAGAAAUUAAAAGAAAGUUGUCUACAUGCGGACAACCUGGAGUAACAACACAUAAGCGUGCUCGUCGCGACCCCUGCCAACCCUUUUCAGGGCUGCAAUUCUACACAGCUGCGCAUCCAUGCCAACGAGGGUUAGGGCGUCCCCCCAAGGCGACGCACACCAGCGCGUCCCCGUUGGUGUGAAAUGCAGCGCGCAAAGCAGCGAUGGGGACCGCCACCCGUCACGCACAGCCCGACACGGCGGAAAGUGGAGGACAGAGUGCAGAGUAGGCACGUGGAAUGUUAGAGGAGGCAUGAGAGAUAAGACGAAUGAGCUGAUCGAAAUAAUGAAAGAAAGAGAAUUAGAUGUCGUGUGUAUGUCGGAGACCAAACGGAAGGGCAGUGGUACUGAAGAGCUCCCUGGCGGGACGUUAGCUCUAUGGUUCGGAGUCCCGGAGAGCGAGAGCGCCUGCCAGGGAGUGGGGGUGCUGCUGUCGUCUCGAUUGGUCGAUGUUAUGACUGAAUAUAAGGUUGUGAACUCAAGACUUCUCUGGGUUCGCUUAAAAUUGGGAUUGACGAAGUUAUUCCUUUUGGCUGUUUAUGCGCCGGUAGCUUCGUCGUCCAAGGCUGAGCUGGAGGAGUUUUGGGAGAAUGUAAGAGAAGUUGUACAUUUAGUUAGAGGAAACGAAAGAAUUGUUGUAUAUGGUGAUUUGAAUGGAUGGGUUGGUACCGCUCGACCAGGGUACGAGUCCGUGCUUGGAAAGUUUGGCGAUAAAAGGGUUAAUGAUGCUGGUAAGCUUAUACUGGCUGUAUGCAAGGAAAAGGGUCUUCUUGUGACAAACACUAUGUUUAAUCACAAGAAAAUCCAUAUGUAUACUAGAGAAAGAAAGAAUGAGAGAAGUAUGAUCGAUUUGUUCCUGGUGGAUGACCGACUGCGAAAACAGGUGAUGGAUACGCGAGUGUUCAGGGGUGCUGACCUGGGAACGGAUCACUAUCUAGUGAUUACUAGAUUUAGGGGUCUGUUCGCGGGUUGGCGCUACCGGACGGCAGUAACAGAACCACAGUCGGUCUGUCGCAUCCGAAGCUGGAAGCUUCAGGAAGCGGAUACUAGGGACAAAUAUCAUGCGAGGGUAGCCGAAAAGCUUGACACCAUCGAUGGCAGAAAAGAAUGUGUGGAAAGAACAUGGUAGAACCUUAGGGAUGGAAUGGUAAGUCCAGCGGAAGGAGUGUGUGGAACGAUAAAAAGAGGUAGUAGUAAAAGAAGAAAUGCAUGGUGGAAUGAUGAAGUGAAAGAAGCUGUAAAGAAGAAAAAGAAAGCAUGGUUAGACUACUUGGCCUCUAGUAAUGAUAAGGAUAUGAGAGAGAAGAUGAAAGAAAGAUAUAAGCUGCAGAAAGUUCAUACGAAAACAUUGAUUGAGAAAGUGCAUGAAAGGUGUAGGAUGGAAGCGGACGAAAGGUUGUCGCACGUUUAGGAGAACUCCAAACUCUUCUGGAAAGAGGUUGGAGGGACUCGAAGUGGUGCGACGGCCUUAAGAAUGAACAAAGUGCUUUCGAGAACCAAUGUCCUCUCAAAAAAUCAGACGUCAUGCAGCGAUGGAGCGAAUUUUAUAGAUAAAUGUAUGCGUGUGAUGAUCUUAGUGAGGGAUCCGGGGGUGACGCCGUGACUGGUACGCCAGACCCGGAUCUCGAUAACACUGAGGUCAUCAGUAUGAAAGAGAUUGAACGUGCGAUUCGAAGUUUGAAAUGUGGUAAGGCUGCGGGACUAGACAGAGUUACUGCUGAAAUGGUCAAGUAUGGUGGGCCUCGCGUCUGGGACAGCUUUCAUCUGCUGUGCAAUUUGUGCUGGCGGACGGGGGAUGUCUCGGAUGAUUGGCGAUCCGCAGUCAUUGUGCCUUUAUAUAAAGGUAAAGGUUCACAUUUUGACUGCGAGUGCUAUCGGGCGAUCAGCUUGACCAGUUUAGCAAGUAAAGUUUACUCAAAGGUUUUGACACGUAGGAUGCAAGAGAAAUCGGAAAGAUUUCUAUCGGAGGCACAAUGCGGAUUUAGACCUGGAAGUGGAUGCACGGAUCAAAUGUUUUCUCUCCGCAUGAUCACGGAGAAGCUUCUGGCUGCUAACCAGAAGAUUUUCUGUGCUUUUGUGGAUCUUGAGAAAGCAUUUGAUAAGGUUGUAAGGAAGAAAAUGUGGGAACUGUUGCCGGGGUAUGGUGUGGAUUGUAGAUUGCUAAGGGCUGUGCAGUCACUUUACUGUGACUGUAAAGCCUGUGUGCGGGUAGGGCAUGACCUGUCACCCAUGUUUAGCGUCCAAACGGGCGUAAAACAGGGUUGUGUCAUGUCUUCCUGGCUGUUCAUACUGUAUCUCGACAGCUGUUUACAGAAGCUGAAAGAUAGCCUUUUGGGUGUGAAAUUGGGUGACAUUAAAGUAAAUUGUCUGCUGUAUGCUGAUGAUGCAGUGCUUAUUGCACCAUCAGAGGCAGAACUGCAGGCAUUAGUCACGUCUAUGAAAGAGGAAUGUGAAAUUAAAGGUCUACGUUUGAAUACUAAUAAAACUAAGGUUCUGGUAUUUGAAAGGGACGAAGAGGGAACGAAGUGUGAAAUAUGGGUAAAUCAGGAAUGUCUAGAACAGGUAAAUGAAAUUGUAUACUUGGGGAGUGCUUUCAGCCGGGAUGGAAGAUGUGAUUUAGAUGUGGACAGGCGUGUCGCUGCCGGGAACAAAGUCAAUGGUGCUCUGACUGCGUUAGUCAAAAGGCAAGGCGUAGUGAAGAGUGCACGCCUUGCAAUACAUAACACAGUGUUGGUACCGACUUUGUUAUAUGGCAGCGAAACCUGGGUAUGCCAGAAGAAGCAUAAAAGUAAGUUGAAUAAUAAGAUGCGAUCUCGAAACCGAUCUCGACCGAAAACGAAACGAAGAUAUUCGCAAUAUGGCAGGUUUGAAAGAUGACCUUAUCACAAAAAUUGAUAAGGGCGUGCUUCGAUGGUUUGGGCACGUUGAGCAAAUGAGUGAAGACCGAAUGGUGAAGAAAAUAUAUAGCGCGAAAGUAAAUAUUAAAAGGUGUCGAGGUAGACCGAGACUAACUUUCGAAGACCAUGUGAGCAAAUUGCUCGAAGAGGGGAGGGUCAAGAGUACUCGGAUACCUAGACGUGCAUGUAUGAAGAAGAUAAUGAAUCUGAAAGAAGCCAAAGAGGUAUGUAAGGAUCGUGACACUUGGCGAUCUGUUCUCUCUGGCUACCCCGUCAGGGAUUGUGCGUGAAGAUAAUUACCCAAAUCUCCAGCGGCGUCUGCUGCGGUGGACAGAUUAACAGACACGAGCAAAUAUACCGGUUCCCAUAAACAACGCUUCGAUGAGACCGGAAAAGGCAAAGGCAUCGCGGGUCGUAAGGAACUCGUGGAUUCCUCCGGUUACGUCUCUGGAUAUCAACACAAGGAUACGUACGACAAAGCCCAUUAAAUUUUAGCACUGCAUUGACUUGUCAACUUGAAGAAACUUCAUACAAAUUCACUUCAUUACAUUUGUAACUACUACAAGUCUUUGUAUAUUUGAAACGCACAUAUUUCUUGUGUAAACGAUAUUUAGGUUAUUUUUUACAUAAACACCUAUUGUAUAUUAUAUCGCUUUAUGUAUUUAAGUAAAUUGACCACCGUAGACUAUUCUGUAUUCAACUUUUAAUAAAUACUUCUAUAGGGCACAAAAUUUAGAACAUUUGAUUGGGUUAUGAAGAUUAUGCAGAAAUGACAUUCCGAGAACGUGUAUUUUUAUUUUAAUAUGUAGAAAUUUAAGAUCUAGUAUUUUUACUUACAUAAUUAAGAAAUUAAAUUAUACAACCUCGGAGAAAUAUUUUUUUACCACGUAGUUUUAUCUAGUCGUGAAUCCUGAAAUGUGAUUAAUGUUUGUUAUCUGUAACAGAUUUUUUGUUAAUUAUUAUCCAUUUAUAAAACAAAAUUGCAAUGUAAUCUGUUUAAAAAAAAAUAUUCCGUAAGUUUAAUACUUGAUAUUUAUAUUAUUUUCUUAUCAAGUCCCUCUCUAAAAAUAAUGAUUACCAAAUUGAGCCUUAUAAGCAUAACGACAUUUUUGAUAAAAUUAAAGAAUACUAU